AAGCCUUUUUCCCUGGACCGGGAGGUACACAUCAGGUUCAUGCGCUUUUCACGCGAUUUUAUUGUUUGCUGUACUGCGCCGGUUGGUGUGAGAAUGUAUCUAUAGGAUACUUUCUCUUGGUUCAUCUUCAUCAACAAUUUUAGCAUCGUUCCUUAAUUAUAACAGGUUGUGAUAUUGUUCUUGUUGCAUUCACAUAAGCCGGCGACAAUAUCAAUAUAUAAAUAUGGGUAAACGCGGCCGGCAAGUGGCGGCGGCCGUCGACGAUUUCGAAUGUUAUCGGCUGACACAAGACUUAUGCAGGCUGCGACCGGUUACGCAUUGCGUCAGCACCAGUCAGCCGACGGCCUCAGUUGUCUGGGAUGAUAUCCGCAGUUUUUUCCUGACAGAAGAAACGCGUUUCGUUUUGGGCGUUAGUACUGACGAGAAGGAGACUACGCAAAUUAGCCGGCAAACCGAUGCUAUUAUUGCAGAUAAAGCAACCGAUGAAGCGAGUCAAGAAGGUCUUCAGAAGUCAUCAUCUUCAUCGUGCUCGACUAAAUGGUGGAUCAAGAGCACAUCGACUGCCGCUCUUCCUGAGGCUGGUGAUGAUAAGAUUAAGAGCCGAGAACCUGGCUCUGUUCCAGAGACCAUAUCCCGUAUGGCGGGACUUCCAGAAAACGUGACUUUGGAUCGCAUUGUCGAUGUAGAUCCAAACGGAGCACUGCUGCUUGUGACUGGCGAGAUUGCGUUAGAGGAGCAGUCCUCUGUAGCGGUGGCAGUCUCCACGAAUGAAUCUACUGCUGAACAUCGAGCUGAACCUGUAAGCGCAAAAAAGACACGUAAAAGUAGAGGAGGCGUUUUUGUUUUAGCGAAACAAGAGCAGAGGAUAGAAAGUGAGAAGGAGCAUUUUAGCUUCGCCUGUGAAAUCAGUCUUCAGGAGGAAGAUGAUGCCGAAAAAUGUACUGAAAGCAGUAUAACACUAGGCGAGGCAACAAUGAACAAGAAGCAAGGCGAGGACUUGUAUGAUCGUUUCAGACUGACGCGCGUCAAGCAGGGACUUUUGCGACAUCAAGUGAGCGCGGAUUUAUGCUGUAUCAGUUUGGUCGAUCAAGAUGACACUCUUCGAACGGUCGCUUUUUCAUUGCGAGGUGACCGGGUCACGACGAACAAGGACACGGACCAGUCAUCUCCUGGAAGAACCUCAACGUGGCCUAAGCUUUUCGCUAAAGAACUUCUCUUUGUGACACCUGACGCAUGCUCGGAAAAUGAGAUGGUCCCGAAAGUCUUAGGAUUUGGCCGAAAGAGUAGUCGAACUUGGGAGCUGAUGGCCCGACACGAAAGAAGUCACGCUGUUAUCUGGGAGUUAGAAAUGGGUGUCGGAGAAAGUGGUUCUGGAGAAUUUCGUCUACAUCGUCGCAGCGAAGACGUCUGUCCUGGCAUCGCCUCCAUCUGCGAUUCACGAGGCGGCCGCUUUCGACGGCUAUUCUUUAACCGAAGCUUUCUCACUCUGGUGGAUGAGGUUGGGAAGCAGCAAGAUGUCGACGAUUAUGCUGAUGAACAAGAAGAUCAACAAGUUCAAGAUACUGCAAAUAAAGUUGCGUCCUCGCUUUCUUCAUCGUCCUUUUCCAGAAGACUGACUAGGCCAGUUGCUUUGUCAAUAUUUCCGUUCGUGCCAACCCUCAAGCUAGGUGAGAAGUCUCUGCGCAUCGCAGCAACAGAAGCUGUGAAUGCUUUUGCUACAAGCAGCGCGCAAGAUGAUGGCGUUGACCUCGCAGUUUCUAUUGUUUCUUCCUCGAGUGCGGUGAUAAAAACUACGAGCAGUACAAAUGUGACCACAACUACUACACCAACCCCCUCCUCCUUUGGUUCGCUCUCGAUUGACUCCUCAAAAGCUGUGGUCGAUGCCAUAGAGCUGGGAUCACCGAAUGGAACCGAUGACGGUCUUUUGUCAAAUGGGAUGAGCAAACAAGCGCUCCUGGCUUUCCUAAACAGAAUGGAAGAAUGAUAUUCCACACCAAAGCACUCCCUGCUCCGUCUAUCAAGUUAUACUAUCGAGUCCGGCUACAACCAAGGAAGUGAUCCUCCACUCGAGCUCUAUCUUUGAAACAGCAUAAAAAAGUCUUUCAAGACGUGAAUAUUUGCGUCCGUGGUCGAAUGUCUUUCGGAUUAAAUAGUAAUAGUUUUCACUUUUGACACCAUUGGUAGUGAUCACUGUCAUGAACUAGACUCUCUUCUAGUAAGCCGUUCUGUGCAAAAAUGUGAGUGUCUUGGUGCGUGCGAGAGACAUGUUACCUGUUCGUGAGAAACACGAAUCUGUCUGAUCGAGAGAAAAGAGGCACGGCGAAAAAAUGAAAAGGCGUCUAUCAGCAAAUCCAUUGCCUGUGUGCAUUAAAUCACUCAUCUGUUG